GGUACCUUGUCACCGUAAGCUCGUGCUUUGGCUUGUGGCAGCCACCUUUAUCUUUCCCGCUUUCGCUCGUCAAGAGCUUUCUUCUUCUCUUCCUUCUUUUCCUCCAUCUCCUAAUCAUCUCAUCUUCCUAUCAUCAACACAAAGUCGUCUUAUCUUUGUGUGAAUACUACACCUACCGAGCACCAUUGGCUUGGCCUCUCGGAUUUCUCCUGGUAUUUCUUUUACCCUUCAAGUCGCAGGCAGACUUAUCAUUCACUGGUGCAUUGUUAUCGGUCCGCAAAUAUCCAUCAUCCAUCAUCCAUCAAUAAAUCAAUCAAUAUGAGGGGCUUCAUCGCUCUCUCUCUUGCCUGCGCUGCAGCUGCAGCGCCCUCGUUCAGCUACGAGACUAUCCACGAUGGAGCAGCUCCCAUCCUGUCUUCCGCUACCUCCGAAGAGGUUCCCAACUCAUACAUCAUCAAGUUCAAGAGUCACGUUUCCGAUUCAUCGGCCGCUGAUCACCACUCGUGGGUUCAGAAGAUCCACAGUGACAAAGAGGAUGAGCGAUUAGAGCUCCGCAAGCGUGGUCAAAUCCCGCUAGUCGGUGAUGUCGUUGAUAGCUUCAAGGGUUUGAAGCACACCUUGAAGAUUGGCUCCGAGUUCCUUGGAUACUCUGGCCACUUUGAUGACUCAACUAUCGAAGAGGUCCGAAGGCAUCCCGAUGUCGAAUUUAUCGAGAAAGACUCGGUCGUCUAUGCUCUCGUGGACGACGAGCCGGUCCUAGAGAAGAACGCGCCAUGGGGUUUGGCACGAAUCUCGCACCGUAAACAACUUUCCUUCGGUACAUACAACAAGUACCUCUAUGCUGCUGAUGGCGGUGAGGGUGUGGACGUCUAUGUUAUUGACACCGGUAUCAACACUGAGCACGUUGACUUUGAAGGUCGUGCCUCUUGGGGCAAGACUAUUCCUAGCGGUGAUGAAGAUGUUGAUGGCAACGGUCACGGUACCCACUGCUCCGGCACUGUCGCUGGUAAGAAGUAUGGUGUUGCUAAGAAGGCCAAUGUGUACGCCGUCAAGGUCCUCCGAUCUAACGGAUCUGGUACUAUGUCUGAUGUCAUGAAGGGCGUUGAGUGGGCUGCUGAAGCACACUUAGAGCAAGUUGCUAAGGCUAAGAAGGGCUCUCGCAAGGGCUUCAAGGGAUCCACCGCCAACAUGUCUCUGGGUGGAGGUAAAUCUCCAUCCUUGGACCAGGCUGUAAAUGCUGCUGUUUCCGCUGGUCUCCACUUCGCCGUCGCUGCAGGCAAUGACAACGCCGACGCUUGCAAGUACUCCCCUGCUGCUGCUGAUAAGGCCGUUACUGUCGGUGCCAGCGCUCUCGAUGACAGCCGUGCGUACUUCUCCAACUGGGGCAAGUGUGUCGACAUCUUCGGACCUGGUCUCAGCAUUCAGUCGACUUGGAUUGGUAGCAAGACUGCUAUCAACACUAUCUCUGGCACGUCCAUGGCUUCUCCUCACAUUGCUGGUCUCCUUGCCUACUUCCUCUCUCUGCAGCCUGCCAAGGACUCCGAGUACGGCCUCGCCGACAUUACUCCUGAGAAGUUGAAGUCCAACAUUGUCACCAUCGCCACUAAGGAUGUUCUCUCCGAUAUCCCCAGUGACACUCCUAACCUACUCGCCUGGAACGGUGGUGGCUACUCCAACUACAGCGAUAUCGUCAAGCAGGGUGGCUACACUGCCGAGACCCCCGCUGACAAGGCCAUCAGCAUUGAGGAUCUCGAGAAGGCUAUCGAGCACGACUUCAACGUUGUUUCCGGCACCGUUGUCAAGGGUGUCUCCUCUUUCUCCGGUAAGGCCGAGGAACUUUCUCACAAGAUCCAUCAGGUCGUUGAGGAGGAGCUUAAGGAGUUUUUCCAGGAGCUCCGUGUAUAAAGUAAUGUAGCAUCGUUGUCCUUAGCUAGUAGAGCUUGCACGUGCUGAAUAUUGGGCAUCGGCAAGUAUGGCAUAGAUCAUUGAGGAGUAGUGUUUUUUUGGGCAUUCGGUCAAAUCGGCCUAUUUAUAUUUGUACACGCAGAAAUGGUCUCGGUAGUAUGGGUUUACGUCUUAUUAGGCUUGUCUCGUUAUGGCCGGAAUAGCAAAUUUGUCAUUGCCAUUCGCAAUUUGACUAGCAUAUGUUUUCGUAGUUAAUGUGAUGAAGUAAUCCAG